AACUGUCAAACUUGUAGGCUCACGUCAGUCGACGGGACAGGCUUGGACCAAAAACCAACGGACGGACAGUUCAUCGUUGCAGCAGCCAAAGGCAGUCAAGAGAAAUGUCUUUUAUAUUUGACUGGAUCUACAGGAGCUUCAGCAGUGUCUUGCAACUAUUAGGGUUGUACAAGAAGACCGGCAAGCUAGUCUUCCUUGGCCUGGACAAUGCUGGAAAGACAACACUCCUGCACAUGCUCAGAGAUGACAGGCUAGGACAGCACGUGCCGACGCUACACCCAACGUCCGAGGAGUUGACAAUAGCUGGAAUGACCUUUACAACGUUUGACCUCGGAGGUCACACGCAAGCACGAAGGAUCUGGAAGAACUAUCUCCCAGCCAUAAAUGGUAUAGUCUACAUGGUGGAUUGUGCUGAUCAUGAGCGACUAAUAGAGGCUAAAGUUGAACUGGAUGCCUUGUUAACAGAUGAAACCACCUCAAACGUCCCGGUUCUCAUCCUGGGGAACAAAAUAGACCGUCCAGAGGCCAUCAGUGAGGAUGCACUCAGAGGAAUGUUUGGUCUUCAUGGACAUACAACUGGAAAG